AUGGCCGACCAGAAACCACCUGUUGCCUUCAUCGGGCUCGGAGCCAUGGGCUUCGGCAUGGCCACCCACCUCAUCAAGCAAGGCUACCCAGUUACCGGAUUUGAUGUCUGGGCCCCAACUCUCGAACGGUUCGAGGAAGCAGGCGGCUCAACCGCCACAACACCAGCAGAAGCCGUCCUCAACAAGGAGCAUGUCGUCGUAAUGGUGGCCACCGCCCAGCAAGCCCAGUCUGUUCUGCUGGAUGGUCCCAAUGCUGCCGUCCCGAAGCUUCCCCAAGGAGCCGUGGUCCUUCUCUGCUCCACCGUCCCCUGUGACUACGUCCAGGCUCUCCAAGUCCAGCUCAACAGCAUCGGCCGCAGUGACAUCUUGCUGAUCGACAGCCCAGUCUCCGGCGGAGCCGCCAGAGCAGCAGAUGGCACUCUUUCCAUCAUGGCAGGCAUGUCUGCUGCUGCGUUGGAGAAAGGACGCCCGUUGCUCGCUGAGCUGGCAGAUCCAGCAAAACUGUACAUUGUCGAGGGUGGCAUCGGUGCUGGCAGCAACAUGAAGAUGGUGCACCAAGUUCUCGCGGCAAACCAAAUCCUGGGAGCAAGUGAGGUGAUGGGUUUCGCUGAGAGACUAGGCCUAGAUCUGGCCAAGGCUCAAAAAGCAGUGCUGGAGUCUGAUGCUUGGAAUUUCAUGUUCGAGCACCGAACACCCAGAAUAUUCACCGAGUUCCAGCCUGUUGCCAGUGCGGUUCAGAUUAUCGUCAAGGAUACCAGCAUCAUCACCUCAGAAGGGCGAAGAAGUUCUUUUGCCACGCCGAUGACAAGCGCAGCGGAGCAGAUCUACUUCACUGCUGUUGGGAGAGGGUGGGCGAUGGACGACGAUAGCAGUCUCGUGAGACUCUAUACCGAAGGAAACGGAAAGGUUGGGCCAGUUUAUGGCACUGCUGAGUCAGAGGAGGAUAAGACGGCUUUGGUGUUGGCUUUGAUGAGAGGUAUCCUGCUUUGUGCUGCUGCAGAGUCUCUUGCUUUUGCGCACACUGUGAGUCUGGAUUUGGAUCAGGUAUUGGAUCUUUGUGUCAACGCUGCUGGUGGUAGCAAAGUGCUGGAGAAGCUUGGGCCUGCCAUUAUCAAGGAGCUCGGGGGUGCCGGCGAUGCUUCAAGUGGCGAGUUGAGCCUUGAGGAUGUCUUUAGCGGACUGAGUGCGGCGGUCGAGGAGGCACAGAGGAUAAAGACUCCGUUGUAUCUUGGGACCCAGGCGUUGAGUAUUCUCCAGCGUGUGACACAAUCCAAAGGGACAGGCUCUGCUGGUGUUGUCGUCAAGGCGUGGGUUUGA